UGGGGACGCUGGCACAGGCUCUCCAAGGCUCCUAAAUGCUAGCUGAGGCAGAUGGCACCGUUCCCCAUGGAAGCGGCAGCUCUAUGAGGACAAAUAAUAUCAAUAAUAAUAUAAAUCCGGACUCCUCAAUCUUUAUAUCCAAGAUGGAAGACGUGGUCAUCCCGUUCUCGUCUGAGGUGCCCUGCGACAAUAAUGGACAGCGCAUGUGGUGGGCAUUCCUCGCGUCCUCCAUGGUGACGUUUUUCGGGGGUCUCUUCAUCAUCCUGCUGUGGAGGACCCUCAAAUAUCUCUGGACGGUUUGCUGCCACUGCAACAUCAAAAACAAGGAGGCUCAGAAGGUGAACAACCCCGCUAACACUCAGGCAGUAGAUGGGGCACCUAAAGGUCCUGAUGAGAAGGAGGAAGCGCCAGCCAGUGAGGUGGGAUGGAUGACCUCCGUGAAAGACUGGGCUGGAGUCAUGAUCUCCGCACAGACGCUCACUGGCAGAGUUCUGGUGGUGUUAGUCUUUGCGCUCAGCAUCGGGGCCCUUGGAAUAUACUUUAUAGACUCCUCAGAUCCUAUUGAAUCCUGCCAGAACUUCUACAAAGAUUUCACAUUACAGAUCGAUAUGGCCUUCAAUGUCUUCUUCCUUCUUUACUUUGGUCUGCGGUUUAUAGCAGCCAAUGAUAAGCUGUGGUUCUGGCUGGAGGUCAACUCAGUGGUCGACUUCUUCACUGUUCCUCCCGUGUUUGUCUCUGUCUACUUAAACAGAAGCUGGCUUGGUUUAAGAUUCCUGAGAGCACUGAGAUUGAUCCAGUUCUCAGAAAUUUUACAGUUUUUGAAUAUCUUAAAAACAAGCAAUUCCAUCAAGCUGGUGAACCUGUGCUCCAUCUUCAUAAGCACAUGGCUUACAGCUGCUGGAUUCAUACAUUUGGUGGAAAACUCAGGGGAUCCUUGGGAAAAUUUCCAAAAUUCCCAGUCGCUUUCCUAUUGGGAAUGUGUCUACUUGCUGAUGGUGACCAUGUCCACAGUGGGCUAUGGGGAUGUCUAUGCAAAAACCACCUUGGGGCGCCUGUUUAUGGUCUUCUUCAUCCUCGGUGGUUUGGCCAUGUUUGCCAGCUACGUCCCUGAAAUCAUAGAGUUAAUAGGAAACCGCAAGAAAUAUGGUGGUUCCUAUAGUGCGGUUAAUGGGAGAAAGCAUAUUGUGGUCUGUGGUCAUAUUACCCUCGAAAGUGUCUCCAACUUCCUCAAAGACUUCCUACACAAGGACAGGGAUGAUGUCAAUGUAGAAAUUGUUUUUCUCCAUAAUAUUUCCCCUAAUCUUGAGCUGGAAGCCUUGUUCAAACGCCAUUUUACCCAAGUAGAGUUCUACCAGGGAUCUGUACUCAACCCUCACGAUCUGGCCCGAGUCAAGAUUGAGUCAGCAGAUGCCUGUUUAAUCCUAGCCAAUAAAUAUUGUCCAGAUCCUGAUGCUGAAGAUGCCUCAAACAUCAUGAGGGUCAUUUCGAUCAAGAAUUAUCAUCCAAAGAUCAGAAUAAUCACGCAGAUGCUUCAAUAUCACAAUAAGGCCCAUCUGCUGAACAUUCCGAGCUGGAACUGGAAGGAGGGUGACGAUGCUAUCUGCCUGGCGGAGCUGAAGGCAGGCUUCAUCGCCCAGAGCUGUCUGGCGCAGGGCCUGUCCACCAUGCUGGCCAACCUCUUCUCCAUGAGGUCCUUUAUUGAGAUUGAGGAGGACACAUGGCAGAAGUAUUACCUGGAAGGAGUGGCUAACGAGAUGUACACAGAGUAUUUGUCCAGUGCCUUUGUGGGCCUCUCCUUCCCCACUGUCUGUGAGCUGUGUUAUGUGAAGCUGAAGCUGCUGCUCAUUGCCAUUGAAUACAAGUCUGAGCAGAGAGAGAGCAGCAUCCUCAUCAACCCGGGCAACCAUGUCAAGAUGCAGGAGGGAACGCUGGGAUUCUUUAUCGCCAGUGAUGCCAAAGAAGUGAAGAGAGCAUUUUUCUACUGCAAAGCUUGCCAUGACGACAUCACAGACCCCAAACGGAUCAAAAAGUGUGGCUGCAAACGACUGAUUUAUUCCAAGAUGUCCGUCUACAAACGAAUGAAACUGGCAUGUUGUUUUGAUUGCGGCCGUUCAGAGCAAGACUGCUCUUGCAUGUCAGGCAGUGUACAUAGUAACAUGGACACCCUUCAGAGGGCCUACCCACUUUCCUCUGUCUCUGUUCAUGAUUGCGCACCCAAUUUACGUGCCUCCAAAUAUAAGUAUAAUGGAUAUGUCAGAUCACCAGAUGGCGCUACAACACCAGGGAACAGUGGAAGUCAAAAAGAGGCUGGUGUUCGAUUCAAAGCUGAUUGCAAUUUAGUCGAAGACGAGCAUCCAUCAACUCUUUCACCUAAAAAAAAGCAGCGCAACGGAGGAAUGCGAAACUCACCCAACUGCUCACCCAAAAUGAUGAGCAGACAUGACCCCCUACUAAUUCCUGGAAAUGAACAAAUUGAGAACAUGGAUAUGAAUGUGAAGAAAUACGACUCGACAGGGAUGUUUCACUGGUGUCCAUCAAAAGAAAUCGAAAAGGUCAUCCUGACCCGGAGCGAAGCCUCCAUGACGGUGUUGAGCGGCCAUGUAGUGGUCUGUAUAUUUGGGGAUGUCACGUCCGCUUUAGUGGGGCUGCGAAACUUGGUGAUGCCUUUAAGAGCCAGCAACUUCCAUUAUCAUGAGCUGAAGCCCAUUGUUUUUGUGGGCUCACUGGAUUACCUGCGGAGAGAGUGGGAAACCUUACACAACUUCCCCAAGGUCUCCAUCUUACCUGGUACACCAUUAAGUCGGGCAGAUUUAAGGGCUGUCAACAUCAACCUCUGCGACAUGUGCGUAAUACUGUCAGCCAAUCAGAACAAUAUCGACGAUGCCUCACUGCAGGAUAAGGAAUGCAUCUUGGCAUCACUCAACAUCAAAUCUAUGCAGUUUGAUGACAGCAUCGGGGUCUUACAGGCUAAUUCCCAAGGUUUCACGCCUCCUGGAAUGGACAGGUCAUCUCCAGACAGCAGUCCAGUACAUGGCUUGGUGCGACAGGCUUCCGUCACCACAGGAUCCAACAUCCCCAUCAUCACAGAACUAGUGAACGACUCGAAUGUUCAGUUCCUGGACCAAGAUGAUGAUGACGACCCAGACACAGAGCUGUACCUCACUCAGCCCUUCGCCUGCGGCACCGCCUUCGCUGUCAGUGUACUCGACUCCCUGAUGAGUGCGACGUACUUCAAUGAUAAUAUCCUCACGCUGAUUCGGACACUGGUCACAGGAGGAGCCACACCAGAGCUGGAGGCUCUGCUGGCUGAGGAGAAUGCUCUCAGAGGAGGCUACAGCACACCACAGACACUGGCCAACAGAGACAGGUGUCGCGUCGCCCAGCUAGCCCUCUACGACGGGCCCUUUGCCGACUUGGGGGAUGGCGGAUGCUACGGGGAUUUAUUUUGUAAAGCACUGAAGACAUACAACAUGCUGUGUUUUGGAAUCUACAGAUUAAGAGACGCCCAUCUCAGUAUGCCGAGCCAGUGCACAAAACGAUACGUGAUCACAAACCCACCGUAUGAGUUUGAGCUGGUGCCCACAGACCUGAUCUUCUGCCUAAUGCAGUUUGACCACAAUGCAGGCCAGUCCCGGGCAAGCUUGUCCCACUCUUCCCACUCCUCCCAUUCCUCCAGCAAAAAGAGUUCCUCCGUCCACUCCAUCCCCCCUACCAACCGGCAGAAUCGCAGCAGUAAGACCCGGGAGGCUCGCGACAAACAGAAUGCAACAAGGAUGAAUAGAAUGGGCCAAGAAAAGAAAUGGUUUACAGAUGAACCAGAAAAUGCCUACCCACGGAACAUUCAAAUCAAGCCCAUGAGCACUCACAUGGCCAACCAAGUCAACCAAUACAAAUCCACUAGUAGUCUGAUUCCACCAAUCAGAGAAGUUGAAGAUGAAUGCUGAACACCAGGUCCCUUGUUGACUCAUGAGAAAUCCGGACGCUCUUUCAAAGGAGAUGGCAAGAGAUUACCUUUGAAGGAGGGAUGAUGAUGAUGAUGAUAAUGAUGGUGAUCUUGAACUUUGGUGGUGGUGAAGACUGACACAUUUCUCCUCACUCAUUCUUCUGAUCAAGGGUUGAACAGGAACACAAACUGGAAGGGACCUCCUAUGUGUAUACCUUUAAUGUUACUUCCAUGCUCUCGGACAUUGUUGUAUUUAUUAAUGUAUCCAUAGAGAUGUACAUAAUGACAAUCAAAUAAGGAUUGUACAGCCCCUCCCCCCUAGCACUUUUUUGGAAUUAUUUUAAGAGUUGAGAAAAAAAAAGAGUACUUCCUGUAAUUCUUUGCAAUAGUUCACCUCUUCGUGUGACCAGACUCCAUGGCUAAGGCGACUGGUUAUUGGAGGAUGAGGGUUGCAGCGAUAAGCUGAUCAUAUCAUCUCCCAAAGAUCCACCCAGAUGUGUCAUGUCAAACCAGCUGGGCUCAUCAAGCUCACAUCUCCUGUCUGCUUCUGUUCUAUUUGCACUAAAACUGAUCGAGUUACUUUCAACAGAACAACUUGAAAACAUCAGAUCCCCCUCCCCCCCUUAAAAUGUCUCUGAAGGUGUCAACUGGAGAGAGGAAGGGAGGGCUGCUCAGCUACGGAGGCAUAUGGUCUUGUUCUUAGGUUGGAGCAUCAUGUCAUUGCUUAAGGUAUGCUACAUCACCAUUGAAAAAUCAUGUUAAGUGAGUGCAUUCCAGUCCUGCAGAACAAAAUCAUAUUAUAAAACAGUAGUCUGAAACUCAAGAGUUGGUAUAUGCUGGCUGAGAGCGAGAACCCUGUAUCCACAUGUCUUCUGUUGAUAUGUCAGAUAUAUCAUGAUAUCUGUGACUCUGUUUCAAGCUCCUAUCGCAUGGUAUGUGCCUGAGCCCCCUCUAUAACAGAUACAGUGCAGAUGAUCAACUUAACUGAAUGCAUGAGAAGGAUGGGAACCACCCGUCCUCUCCCUCAUGCCUUCUGGAGCGUUUACGGUAUGUACAUGCCGUGUGUGUGCGCAUCGCAGCCGCCUGUCCCUUCUGGUGUUGCGCUGAUUAGUGCAGUCAUCGCCCCCAUCAACAUGUAUGUGAUGGUGCGCCUCUGAGGGAACAGCAUGUGGGAUCAAAGCUCUAAAAUGAAAUUCACGGUGGAACAACAAGUCGACCAGUAGAGAUUUCAGAUUUUCUAACUAAAUUAUUUGUGUUGCAACUAAAAUGGAACCAAAAUCCCCAACUAUGAUUGAGCCGUGCCAAUGUGAGCAGCAGCUAAGUGCCCACAGUUGGCAGAAUUGGGAUCAUAAAGAUGAGAGAAGUAUAUCAUCUGAAUGUCCUGUCUGUUACACAUUUUAAAUCCAUGUUUGAAUAAGGAAAAAUGCCACAUAUUGCGUAAUAGUGGGCAUAAAUGGGCCCUCCUUUGAUCGGAGCCACUGCCUGGCACAGGGUUGGCACAGAGGCAGUAAAGAGCUUGGAUGUUCUCUGUCGCCAGUCCAGAUGUCACACACCUCAAAACUCUCAGGAGUUGAGCAGCUGCAUUCAGUCCCUGUGUUCAGUAACACGGGGAAAGCUCAAUCAUAGUUGGAUGGAAAUGGAACCAUGCCACAGACUGCUAGUAAGGACACUGGAGGAGAACCUGUGUUCUUCAUGCUAGCCUGUGUGCCACAAGAGUGUGUUUUGCACAUGGUUAAGGCAUUGUUAGAUCCAAAUCUAACCGUGAUGUUGAUGAAGGCUUGCGGAGAUAGCCUUGUACUUCUGAAAAGUAAACUUCACUACAGAUAUGUAGUUGGAUUUAUACAUAUGAACAUGAUUAUUUUUAUCCAUAAACAUAAUCAUUUUGUACUUAUUUUUAUAGAUGGCAACCCUGUGAAAAGUGUUAUAGUAAAAAAAACAAAAAACAAAAAAACCCAUGAAUAUCAUUAAUUUAAAAUGCAUAUCAAAGGAUUCUGUGUUUAAAUAUAUCAUCAUCUACUUCACAUCAUGCUAAAACAAAAGUUGUUUUUUUGUUGUUGUUUUUUUUGUUUGUUUGUUUGUUUUUAAUCCUCUGUCCCCUCUUCAACAAACUGCAUCCCUCUGGAGAUGAUCACAGUCUAACAGCGCUGACUUUAGCCCAGCGGCUUUGCUUUGUUGAGUGCUUGUAGAAAUAAUCAAUAUCAGGUUCAUCUGAAGGCUCUUCGGCUGCACAAAUGAACCAUUUCUCAAAUAAUGUGUCUACUGCUAAGCAUCCUCAUGAGUGAACAUACAAACAGAAAGAUAGGUGCAAAGAGAGAUGUCAACUUGAUUUUCAAUCGGCAUAAAUUGUGUCUACUGAUAAUCUGGAAGCUAGGUAGCUGGAUGAUCACUCUUAAAUAGCAUGGAGUCACUCCCUCUGCACACAGGCCAGUUCAUUUGUGAUGUUUGACCUAAAUUAGGUCCCCAGUGAGGAACAGGAACUUUUGGUGUGCAUGUGCACUUACUGCACAGUGUGCUGAUGUCUACUGCAGAAGUGCAAAAUGAGAGCAAAAUGCAACAGGGAGACCAUUUUGACCAUGUUGCGCAAAAUUAUCCAAUAAACCAAAAUAAUCUACUCUUUAAGCUGUAAAAGAAAAGGCAUUUCUAAAGAGGCAUUUUGGAAUGGCGAAAAGAGGAUAAUAUUGUGCUAAAUAUCUUGUGUAAACUCAACCCGUUAUAUAGACCACAUCUCUUUCUCAAACAAAACGAUCUGAGCUUCAAUGUCCGUCUAUUGGGUGUGGUGCAACUAUACUGGAGCCUCAUACACAUUGUCCUGAAGUGAACUUUUGAACUGUGAUUACAUUGUUGUCACACUUUGUAGCAAAUAGAUUUCUUUUGAGAAAAUAUGUGAGUUAAAUGUAUGUAUAAUUGGGUUGUUAAUGGCAUAUUUGCUAGCCUGAACAAUAAGGAACUAUUAAUAUUUGAUAAUGGCAAUGACUCAUUAUACAUAGAAAUCGACAAACUGAUUGUUAUGUUGAAAAAAAAAAAGAAAAAAAAAGAGAAACGUGUAUUUUGUCAGUUAAAGAUCCUGUCCUGGUUCGUGUAGAAACAAAGACGAUUGAAGUAUGUGACCCAAGGAAAAGGCAGGCGGAAUUUGACCUGGUUUAUCAGCCAUCACAAAGAUGGAGGGUAGCACGAAUUCAGCAAGGUUAUCAAAAGACAGAUCACCCUUAAUUUUACUGUUCUUAUGAAAUUAUUUUAUUACAGGGUUUACAUUCCAUUUUGUCAGCUUGUCAUUAUUUGUUACCAUAAUAUCCGUGCAUUGUUACAAACUGUCACAAAUGCUUAUUAUUUGUUUACAGAGUUUUUUUUUUUUAUUAUUUUAUUCAGAGGUACUUAAAGAUUGCAUUACUCAGAAAUAAAAUGGUACAAAUCGCAAUCCAGUAUAAACAGGCAUUCACAAAAUAAUGCACCAUUUCAUUUCAUUACACUUGAUUACUGUGCUUUUUCUACCUGUACCCUCAUUGUGCGACUCAUUCAGGCUGGAAUUAUUCACAACACUGGACUGAGAAAUGUCUCUCUUUCCAAACAUGUAUAGCAUAUCAUAUUUCUAUUAGAUGUUUAGGUCUUUGCAUUGUAUACCUCUAAAGUUUUUAGAGUGUUUUUGAAGUGCCAUGAAGAGUUUAGUUGAGCAAGCAUCCUUCAGUCAUUCAGUUACACAGGCUCACUCUGAGGGAGCUGAGUUCCUCAGAGAAAAUGGGAGUAUCCAGUGUGUGAAUGGUGUCUUAUGCUGGCAUGGAGAACAUCCAAGCCAUCAAUGCCUCCAUGCCAGUAAAGUGCCAGGCAGUGCAGCGAGUCAAGAGAAGGGCCCAUAAUAAGUCCCACUAUAGCGAGAAGUGGCAUUUAGGAGGCCAGAGGGGCCGCUGGGGCAGAUGGAUAUCUGCCCCUAGUCGUCAAAUCACACAUAUCAUACCUACUGUAUGCUUGUGUACUGUCUGUGAGGGAAGAUGCAUAUUGAGUUGUGUUAUGUUGUGUAGUUAGAUAUGGAUGACUGAAAGAUGCACAAAGGGAAACGUGGCCACAGAGGCUCCGUGCCCAUAACAUCAGGAGUGUUGUUGUCCACUUAAUAAAUUGAAGACUAUGACGCGUCAUACAUUACUGUUACAGUAUGUUGCAUUAUUUUUGUUAAUCUAUUUUUUUGCUGUAAAGGAUGGAUAUAAUAAUUUAUUUGCUGGGAAUUGUACUAGAUAUAAUAGAAUAUAUAAUACUUCGGGGAUGGGGUGUGGGAUUCAAGUCUUAACAAUACAUUGAAAUUGCAUUUGGCAAUUUUUAUGUUGCUUUUUUUGAGGAAAAAAGAAAACUUGCAAUUUUUGUUAUUUUUUCUUUUUUUGGCUGCCUAUCAGUUCAGGAAGAAUUCAGGACAUUGCUCUCGCGUAUCACAUAUCGGAUUUGUUGGCACAUCGUCAUUGCAGGAAACAGGAGUUUGACAUAGCAGUCUAAUUAGUUUGGAUUUGUUCAAGUUAUAAUGGAUAAAUGGAUUAUUUGAUGGUGCUGAGUUGAUCUACCUGACUCUGUCAAAUAUAAUCUGCUGAUAAAUAUACUGUCUUGUACAAAAAGUUUGUACAUAGAUUGUACAUGGUUUCUUUUUGUAUUUUCUCAAAUUAAAAUGGAUGUAUUUGUGUUCUAAAA